AUGGUGGGACUUACCUCAGCGGUUGGAGUGCUCGGCUUCCUCUCCGAACCAGAUCCCGAGCUACAAAUAUUUGCCCUCAGGAAACUCAACGAAGAAAUAGAUUCACUAUGGACCGAAGUCGUAGGGCUGAUAGAUCAGGUAGAAGCUCUUUAUGAAGAUCCCCAAUUUCCGCAGCGAGAGCUUGCAGCUUUGGUGGCAUCCAAGGUGUACUACAACCUUCAGGAAUACAAUGAAAGCAUGAUGUUUGCGCUGGGUGCAGGCAAGCUUUUCAAUCUUGAACAAGAAGGGGAAUAUGAGGAUACCAUAGUAUCCAAGUGCAUAGAUACAUACAUUGCGCUAUCAGAUACCUCCUCGACAAUUGACGCGAAUCAACCUCCUGGCCAGCUCAACACAUCUUUUUCUACGACCGCCAAUGGCGCGACAAGUACAUCUGCCAGUCUUGCAUCACCUACUAUGCCUUUUUCUCAAGCAACACUACCAUCCAAGUCCUUACUGUCUCGGCAAGACAGUUCAACUACUUUCGAUCCGUCAGCGCAAGUAGCUAACGAGCCAAUACCUGGCAGUGUUCCUUCUGAACUUGCACGAGAAAGAGGAAUCCUCCGCCCUCUACAACAAGUCAUAGAACGUCUUUUUGAACGAUGCUUCCAAGAAAAAAGAUACCGGCAAGUUGUUGGAAUAGCAGUUGAAGCUCGAAAUUUCGAUGUCUUAAAGCGGGCUAUUUUGAGAGCCAGCGAGGAUGAGAAGAAGGCUAGCAAGCCUAAGAAGGAUGGUGUUGGACAAGCAGAGGAGCUACUUGACUAUCUUCUUGGGAUCUGUAUGGACGUGGUCCAGGACGUGACUUUGCGGCAGGAUCUACUGAGAUUAAUCCUCGACCUGCUGCGCGAUGUGCCGGCCCCUGAUGUUUUUUCUAUUGCCAAGUGCAUCGUUUAUCUCGACGAAUCGUCACUCGCAGCCAAACUACUCUUAGACCUUGUUGAAACCGGAAAACUUGCUGAGGCCUAUCAAAUCGCCUUUGGCCUCUACGACAACAGCUCUCAAGAUUUUCUGAAGCAAGUACGUCAAAAUUUACCAGAAAAGAAAGCAGAAGCGGAACAAUCAGCUCCCUCGGGAGUUGACACAAUGGAAGAGGACAAGGCAGAGAAUGCACAAGAGACGACUGCGCUAUUAUCAGAGUCGAAUGAGACAAAACCCGUCGAGUCUACUCUUGAGGGACCACUCGCGACCCCUGCCUCCGAGAAGAUCAAAGAGAUUUUGGAUGGCAAGGUUUCUAUAGCACUCAGUGCUGAGUUCCUUUACCGGCACAAUCACGCAGACAAGGCAAUUCUAACGAAGCUCAAAGAUAGCUUAGAGGCACGAAAUUCGAUAUUUCAUACGGCAGUGACGCUAUCGUGCGGGUUCAUGAAUGCUGGAACUCUGAACGAUUCUUUCUAUCGCGAUAAUCUAGAGUGGCUCGGAAAAGCUGUGAAUUGGUCAAAGUUCACGGCUACCGCAUCUUUCGGUGUUAUUCAUCGUGGCAACUUAGGCAAUGGUCAGAGGAUUCUACAGCCUUACCUUCCGAGGGAUAAUGCUUCAGGACCUACGUCAGUAUACAGUCAAGGCGGGGCUUUGUAUGCGAUGGGCUUGAUUUAUGCAAAUCAUCAGACAGAUGCUUUGGACAACAUUCGGAAUCAUUUCAAGAACGCAACUGAAGAAGUCGUGCAACAUGGUGGAGCUCUUGGACUUGGAGUCGCUGGGAUGGCUACAGGAGAUGAUGGUAUUUAUGAGGACCUCAAGAGCGUCUUAUGGGCCGAUUCGGCCCUUAAUGGUGAAGCAGUGGGGAUUGCAAUGGGUCUCAUUAUGCUGGGAUCAGGAAAUGUCAAAGCUCUUACGGAGAUGAUUCAAUACGCCCAUGAAACUGCGCACGAGAAGAUCAUUCGAGGCCUAGGACUUGGCAUGGCCCUCAUUAUGUAUGGCAGACAAGAAGGGGCUGACGAGCUUGUCAAUGGUCUCCUAGAGGACCCUGACCCAAUAUUGAGAUAUGGUGGUGUACAGACUCUCGCCCUGGCCUAUUGCGGUACUGGUCGCAACAAAGCUGUCCGAAAGCUACUUCACGUCGCUGUCAGUGAUGUUAGUGACGAUGUCCGGCGGUAUGCUGUUAUGAGUCUGGGUUUCAUUCUUUUUCGGAGACCUAAGAGCGUACCACGCAUGGUAGAGCUUUUGGCAGAGUCUUACAACCCUCACGUGCGUUAUGGAGCGGCAAUGGCUCUCGGUAUCUCUUGUGCUGGUACUGGCUUGGACGAGGCAAUCGACUUGCUUGAACCUAUGAUAAAAGAUCCCACAGACUUCGUCCGGCAAGGUGCUCUUAUUGCUCUAUCCAUGAUCAUGAUACAGCAGAAUGAGGCAAUGAAUCCGAAAGUUAGUAGUAUCCGAAAAACUUUACAGAAGGCCAUCGGCGAUCGACAUGAGGAUGCUAUGACCAAAUUUGGUAGUGCUAUUGCCCUAGGCAUCAUUGAUGCUGGAGGCCGCAAUUGUACUAUCAGUCUCCAAACCCAAACUGGCAAUCUGCAUAUGCCUGGUAUCGUGGGCAUGGCUGUCUUCACCCAAUACUGGUACUGGUUCCCACUGACCCAUUUCCUUUCUCUGAGCUUUGCACCUACCUCAGUAAUUGCACUGAACCAAGAGUUGGAAGUGCCAAACUUCAAAUUCCACAGCGCCACACGUCCUAGUCUGUUUGACUAUCCACCAGAGCAAGAAACUAAGACGGAGGAUGCGCCAGAGAAAGUGAAGACUGCCGUGCUGUCUACAACUGCGCAAGCUAAGCGAAGAGCUCAGAAGAAAGAGAAGCAGCAGAGACGAGAGAGCAUGGAUAUUGAUCAAACGCCGACUGCUCCAAAAGCAAAUGACAGCGAUAAGAUGGAUACCGAUGAGACGAAGGCGGAUUCAGACAAGGACACCGCUAAGCCCGACACUGAGAAAUCAGAUGGUGAAAAAGGGGAAGGCGAAGAGAGCAAGGAAGCCAUCGAGAAGCCUGAGGGUCUGAAGAAGAGGAUGGAGCGAGAAAAGGUCGGCUAUGAUCUUGACAACAUGUCUCGAGUGCUUCCAUCACAGUUGAAGUUCAUCAGCUUCCCAGACAAACGGUACCAGCCUGUCACCAAAGCGACCGGCGGUGUCAUCCUGAUGAAUGAUACUACGCCUGAAGCACCCAAAGAGCUUCUAGAAAUGAAGCGAAAGGCUCCGGCGCCUCCCCCGGCGGCGCCAAGCCAGCCAGCAGGCGAUAACACGAGCGCAAUAAGCGCUGAGGCUGCAGCUGGAGCAGGGGCCGGAGCAGGUGCAGCUGAAGCAGCUGGCGUGCUGACUGCUGUAGACGAGGGAGGAGAGGGUGAAUCCGACGCAGAUUUACCAAGGGAGUUCGACUAUCAUUCAGACGAGGAUCAUGAGGAGCUCUGA